GGUAGAAAGUCAAACUUUAAGACUACAGAGGUUGCAUAUGCUUGUAUUCCCAGAGGAUUUGGAUCUCCUUUGCACAUAGAGCUAAGGGAAGCAGAGAGUGGGCUACUUCCCCUGGACACUGGCCACUGGCCUGUCCGGAUAUAAAUUUGUUUAAUCUGCUUCACGGGAAUAGUUUACAUGAAAUAUGAGAAGUUUUCAUUUGAAGCUUUUAGAGAGCAAAAUAAUAUUUAAGAACCCUUCCUUGUUGCUGUCACCUACAAAGCCCUGAAUGUCCAUCCUCAUCUCUGGAGCCUUGCUAACAGUCCUCUGUGCCCCAGCUUCUGCUAUCUUCCUAUUCCACUGGCUUCUCCCUUCCUCAGCCUCCUUACCACCUUAUUUUCAAUGUUCAGCUCCUGCACUCCUUUCCAACUACAGCUUCAUCUCUCACCCAUUCAUAGUCAAAAUUCUGAUUUUCUUUUUACAAAAAAAAAAGUUCUCAAAUAAGGGGAAAAACCCCGAUAUUAAAGUUUUACAAAAAGAGAAUCCUUAACUGAUGUUUUAUUUGAUGUCUAAACUGCUAUAGUAGUUAAGAAUUAUGUUUAACAUCAUAGAACUUAAAAUGACAGUGGCUUAAACAAGACAUUUCUUAUAAGAAAUCCAAAAGUAGACCAGUCAAGUGCUGAUACAGGGAAUUCAGCCACCAGGGACCCAGAUGCAUUCUGUAUUUCAGUUCUUGUAUUUGUAGUACAUGACUUACUCCUUGAUGUCACCCCACAGGCUAAGAUAGGUGCAGUUAUUGUGGCUCCAGCCAUCAUAUCUGUAAUCUUAGCACUAGGCUUAGGGAAAAGAUGGAGGACAAAAAGGCCUUCCAGCUAAGCAAACACCCUUUGCACAGCCUUCCUCAAUCUCCUUGUAAUAGUUCUGCUUACAUCUUAUUAGCCAUACAUUAGCUACCUGGCCACAUCUCCCUGUAAGGGGGGAAGCUAGGAAGUGAUGUCUUUUAGCAAGGCCUAUUGCUGCCCCCAAAUAAAAUCAAGUUUCUGUUAUUAAGGAAGAAAAGGAAGCUGAAUACUGGGUGGCCCCUAGCAAUGUUUGCUAGAGCUGCUAAUCAAUGACAUCUCCCUUGAAGACAGGGAAAUCCAUUAGAGUAUAAACUUCAUUAUAUCACCAGUAUUACUCACCCUCACUUGUAUAUAAUAGGAGCUCACUAAUAAUGGGUGAAUGAUUUAAAUUUCUUGUGACUAUUAUUUUUCACAUUACAGGUACAUAUAAAAUACAUCAAGCACUUGAAUAGUGAAAUAGUUACUUAUGAACAAGCUUCAGGAAAAUAGCCACACCCUAAAUUCUCUUAAAUUUUGAUACUUUAUGUAGCCUUGCUACUUAAAGUGCACGAGAGCUGGCUAGAAAGGCAUUAUCCAAGGACCUACUCCAAAUCUAUUGAACCUAUAUUUUAACAUGCCCAGUUUCUGGAUAAAUGGCUGGACAAGAGAGUUUUGCAGGUUUUGACACAUCUCAACAAAAUAAUUAUUACUGGUACUGGCAAAGAGUGAAGCAGGAGUUCCAGCCCUGCCAGGGUUACCCCUUUGGCAUCUGGUAUGAGCAACAACACGGCUGUUGUCCUCUUUCUGGCUACAGCUGUGGUUGUACAGUGGAUGGAAGUGAACAUAACCUUUCUGCACGUGGGACCUCUGGACACACAGCUGAAACUUCGGUUACACCUGAGGAAACCACAGCUCUGGCUGCAAACCAAGAUGAAGACCCACUAGAAGAUCCAAAUCUUCAUUUGAAUAUCGAGGAAUUAAACAAAGAGUUUAUGGUGAAAAGUGAAGAACUCUACGACUCUCUCAUGAAUUGCCACUGGCAGCCUCUGGAUACAGUUCACUCUAAAAUCCCAGACGAGACCCUUCAGAAGCCAGAUGUUCAUUGAGCUACCCAAUUAUCAUUUUAAUUGUAUCCUGUUUUUGUUUUUUUUUUAAAUAUAUUUUCCCAGGAGUGUACUACUGGGUUCUGUAUGGAAAUAUAAAAUUUCCAAGACUUAAAUAUGAUUGAUAUGAUAGAACAUAAUGUAAAUAAACUUUACCAGUACAUCCAU